UUUUCAACUGUAGUUUCCUAUAUGAGUUUGACCUCCCUAUUAAGAACAUUUGAUUCCUAAACACAGAUUGUUAAUAUACCACGAAUUGAGAUGAAAAAAUAUAAAGAAAGUGCUAUCUUUUUAAUGUUAUUUCUGAUAAAUAUUGUGUAUUGUGACAUAUGUUAUAAUUUUUUAAAUCGUGAAGAUCCUUGUAUCACUUUAUGUGAGAAAACACCACUUUCUCUCACAAACAGCAAGUAUAUAAAGUCUUGUUGUCAACGAGGCUGUAGAUUUUUCAAUUUAGUGGACUUGAAUUAUGGACUGGAAGCCAAUGGCUUAAAUGGCACUAGGGAUGCCUGUGAAGCUUCAUGCACAGAAGCAUACGCAGAACCACAAGAUCGCUAUGCUUGCAGCACUGGUUGUGACUUUAUGGCCAAACAACGUGUCUCCGACUUGUUAUCACUCUUUUCUAUUGCUAUCUAUGUAGAGGAAUAUGUAGAUUCUAACACAUUACUAAUGUAUCCUGAUAUACCAGAAAAUGAUAUUCUAACAGACCCUGGUAUUCGAAAAGAGCUUCUUCCAAGGUGGUGGGACUCCAAUGGGUUUAAAUUACCUCAAACUUAUAUCAAAACUGUUCCAAUGGAUGCCGGGACCAUGGACUAUGAAACUCCAUCAGACUAUUCAGGAGAAUCUGAACCAACUUCAUCAUGGAUACCUGGAUCCGAUUGGUUUCAGUGUGCAUCAAGACAUGCUGGUAUGCCAUCUGCACGUUUUGCCUCUGCUACAGCAGCUGCAAUAGCAUUACUUGCAGUGUGUAUGUAUUUAUAUAGAACAUAUGAUAAUAUAAAAGAAUUUGUUAUUGAUAAACAGAAAGCAUUAGGUAAAGUAACAUUGUAUAUGCCAGAUGAAGAACCAUUUCAUAAAAAGCCUCCUCCUAAAUAUACUGAUGUUAAUGAUGAAUUGGAUGUUAACUUAAAAGUUUAAGUACUUUGUUAUUGGAAUAUUAAGUAAUUUUGGAGAUUAUUAAAAUUAAAUAUAUAUA